GUAAGUGGUAUAAAAGUUUCAGUUUAUUUAUUUGGCAGCAGGAAAAAUCUUGUGCAUUGAGAGAAUAUAUCGUGUAAUCGUCAAGAGCGGUUUUGAUAUCCCCGCUGUAUUAAACUUCGACAGAUUCUAGUGAAGAAAGUGUAUCGGCAAGGCCAUGAGGGGGUCCUUUUUUUUUUCUAUUUUGAAAUCCUGGGUUCGAACCAUGGUUAGCUGCAAAGUGUAUUAUUGGCAAGGCCACGAGGGGGCCCUUUUUUUUCUUUUCUUUUUUGAAAUCCUGGGUUGGAACCCUGAUCGGCUGGUGAGCAAAAUCCAUGUUUCCAGAGGCGGUGUUUCUGGAUGUUGGAACCUGCAUAUGAGCACAUUGUGCUGGUACAGUAUAGAGAGGUGGCUGAGGGCAGAUAUUAUUCAUCACAGCUGUCGAAUGGGCCACCAGAAUCUCUUUCAUCUUUGGGAUAUCCACAUGCCAUCUAUGGAAACCAAUAUCUCAGCUCUACUUCUGGCACUAGUGAGGGCAGUGAAUCCCAUCAGAGCUAUUCUAAUUUGAGUUCUGUAACUGAAGUAAGUUCCUAUUCUGGUAACAAAGAGUACAACAAAGAUGGUGGCAGUUUACUAAGCAUACCAGAUCUUGGACAGACUUGUCUGGAACAAACUACAGAAGUUUAUCGGGCUGAUAAUGAUAAUUCAAAAAAUAAGUCUGGGCUUAAUGUGGCUUUGAAGAAGAUAGAUGAGCAGUUAAGUUUGGGUGACGAUGAAGAUGACUAUAUUUACACAAAUCAAGUUCAGCCUUUGGGAUUCGCUACAAAUAUUGAGUCUACAGAUAAGAAGGAUGACAACCAAAUAGGUUUAGGCAGGAAUAUAGCACCAUCAUGGGAAGAUGUGUUGCACUCCAGUUCAGGCUUGCCAACUCCAUCUAUAUACCAGGUUGAGAAAUCGCAGUCUAGUUUUUAUGAGGAUUUACAGGCAUGGUUUGCCAUGGAAAAUCGGUUCGGAGAAGGCCUAGGCCACCAUGCAUGCAUGCAACAGGUUGGUCCUAAACUUCUUGGUAGAAAUGAUAUGAGGCAAAUGAUUAUGGAAAAAUUAUUAUUGGAUAGAAAUGGUGGACGUAACUGUACUGUAAUUUGCAUAAAUGCUGGGAGUGGUCAUGGCAAGACUUCACUGCUCCAUGCCCUUUACAAUGACCAAGUAUUGACUGAUACUUUUGACAAAAGCAUAUGGAUACAACUUUCUGCUAAAUCAGACAUGUUAAUGCUAUUUAAGAAGAUUGUUGAGGUUGCCAUGAAUGACCAUUGCAGCAUUGCGAACCUCGGGUGUCUUCAAGAAAUGGUUAAGGAAGAAAUUUCAGAUAAGAAAUUCUUGCUUUUCUUGGAUGAUGCAGAUAUAGAGGACCGGCAAUUUUGGAGUACUGUAUUAGAGGUUUUUAAUGCCGGUGCCAAAGGAAGUGCUGUUAUCAUGGCUACAAUGAGUGAUACCGUUUCUACUUUUAGAGAUGUGGCAACACACUUCCUUUUGUUAAAUCCUUUAUCUGAAGAAAGCAAUCUGAUGCUUCUCCAACAAUGUGCUGCUGUGGGCACUGAUAUCCAGAGCAAUCCUGAUUUACUGAUGGUUGCUCACAGGAUCAUUUCCAGGUUUGGAGGUAAUCCUCUGUACUUGAAGGCUAUUGGUGGUCUUCUAUGCCAUGCAGACAGUUCAUUAGAAAUCGAUAAGUUUGAAGGAAAUGGUAUGCCUUUACAGCUUUGCCACGAUGUUUUGCCUAUCCAUCUGAAGAAGUGCCUCGCAUUCUGUUCUUUGUUCCCCCAUGGUUACAUAUUUCAUAAACAUCACAUGGUCCCCCAAUGGAUAUCUCAUGGUUGUGUUAGGCCUGCUGAAGGUUGUGAACUCGAAGAUGCCGGAAUUGGAUAUUUCAACGAAUUGUUGUGCAGAUCCUUCUUUCAAUAUUCACCUGUUCACAAUGACAGGUUUGUGAUGCAUGAGAUUAUAUACAAGGUGGUAGAGUCUGUCUCUCUUGACAAAUAUUUCAAGUCUGAGGACCCCACAAGCAGCAUACCAGAAAAUAUUCUUCAUUUGUCACUUGUUUCCUCUCAAUUCCAGACUAUUGAACUGAUGUACAGAACAGAAGAGUUGAAGGUUUUGCAGACAUUCCUGGUGGUGCAACCUGAGCGGCAACCGUGCAAGAUUUCUUUCCCCACCUUAAAACUUGUCGGUUUAGAUGAUUUCUUUCUGAAGUUCACAUCCUUAGAGACGCUGGAUUUGAGCCAUACUGACACUGAAGAGCUUCCAGGGUCCAUUGUUGGCCUGAGAAACCUGCAGUACUUAUCUGUCAACAGCACAAGCAUCAGGGCUCUUCCAUCUGAGCUCUGCUGCCUCAGCAAUCUCCAGACACUGGAAGCAAAAGACUGCCGCUUCCUCACUGAAUUACCUGGGGACACAAAGAAGCUGAUUAAGCUGCGCCAUCUUGAUGUGACCAAAGAUCUGGGCUACGUUCAAUUGCCAUAUGGAGUAGCACAGCUGACUGAGCUCCGGACACUGCCAGUCUUCCAUGCAAGCAGUGACCCGUCGCACUGCUGUGUCAGUGAGCUGGGAAACUUGCACAAUCUGAGGGGUUGCUUUUGUUAGUAUCGAAAUUCUUACUCUUAUCGAGAGGAUGGCACUGCGAGUUGGGGCAAUUUUCUGGUUUACUUCUCACGCAAUGCAAUGCCAACCUGAGGGGUUGGGGAUACAUAUUUAUAGCUGGCCAAGACAGCCAAGCAUAUGCCAAGAUGCUAGUCUAAGAUGCUAGUCCAAAAGUUAGUGAUGCUCAGUCUAAGAUGUUGUCCUAAAAGCUAGUCUAAGAUGCUGUCCUACAUGCUGUCCUAGAAGUUUAGUUUAAGAUGCUGUUCUAGUUGUGGCAGCAAGACCAUCAUGCCGAGGACCAUAAAGACCAACAGUACAAAGA